AUGGACUACAAAGCCGUCACUCGGGCCACCAAACUGCGGCACCUCCGUCUCGGUCGGCCAUUUUCCAGCGCUGCGUCUCCCACUGCGCACAACUUCAGCUUCAGUGGCUGCGGGUUUUUAAUCCCGUACCACUUGGGCGUGGCCCAGGAACUCCAACGUGCCGGUUACAUCCAGUCCAGCUCAAAGUUUGCUGGAGCUUCUGGCGGUGCAAUUGCGGCGCUGGCGUUGGCCGCCAACGUCAGUAUGAGCGACAUCCACGACGAGACGAAAGCGAUGGCCCGACUCUGUCGCAGCCACGGCACGUUCUGGAAGCUGGAGGAGCGACUGCGGACCGUCUUCCACGCCAAGUUCGGAGAUCUGCCGGUCGAGACGCUCACACACAGUCGACUUACAAUUGCCACGAGGAAAAUGUGGCCAGUGAGGGCCGCAGUGCUAACGGACGACUUCCACUCGACCGACGACCUCUGCGACGCGCUCAUUGCGUCCUGCUAUUUGCCUUGGUACGUGGCCCGACGCGGCAUGACGGUGUUCCGAGGCGAGUACCACGUGGAUGGAGGGCUGAUCACGCUGGUGCCAGAGGUGCAGGACUACACGAAAGUGUGUGUGUUCCCUGGACGCACUUUGCGCCGCAGUGACUACGACAUUAGUCCGUCCCUUGAUCCGGACUUUCCCUUUUCCAUCCUGCAGUUGCUGCGCUUUGCUCUGUUUCCGCCGCAAACGGAUGUGUUGGACCAGUUGUUUGAGCUGGGGAAGACAUCGGCGAGGAUCUGGACGGAGGAGCAAGCGGCGCACGCAGAGGGACGUACCGAUGGAACGUGA